CUCCACACCAUGUGCUCUCGUGCGAAACAAACUCAAAUAUUCAAGAACCAAAAACCCAGUUGUCAUUGUCUGCAAUUCAAGAUUUCAAGUUGCGUCACUGGAUAGGUCAAAGGCUUGUAUAGCCUCUUCUGCCAAUCUGUCAUCUUCUUUCCUGCCUACAUAAACGCCCAACAACAAUCCCUUUAAUUGCUUGUGAUUGAGAAUGGUUUUCAGGAGCAUUCUUGCUCUGAUGAUGAGUUGCUUCGGCUGUGGUGAUCAGGUGGCAGAGCCUUCUCUGACUGAGAAAUUAGAGCCCAAUGCGGCGGCGCAAUCUGUUGACACUUCGCCCAGGGUUCGACUCAGUGAUGGGAGGUACCUGGCUUACAGAGAAAGAGGAGUGCCCAAGAACAAAUCCAAUUACAGAAUCAUUAUAGUCCAUGGCUUUGGCAGCUCCAAAGAAAUGAGUUUUAUGGCUUCUGAUGAACUGCUUGAGGAAUUGGGGGUAUACCUCUUGAUAUAUGAUCGAGCGGGAUAUGGAGAGAGUGAUCCAAAUCCAAAGCGCUCGUUAAAGAGUGAAGCUUUGGAUAUCGAAGAGCUAGCUGAUCUGAUGGAGUUAGGAUCGAAGUACUAUGUAAUAGGUGUCUCGCUAGGAUGCUACCCGGCCUGGAGUUGCCUCAAGCGCAUCCCGAACAGGCUUGCAGGUGUAGCGCUAGUUGUCCCCUUCAUCAAUUACAAAUGGCAAUCACUUCCGGAUGCUUUGAUAAAGGAUGAUUACCGAAAACAACUAUGCCAGUGGGCAAUUUGGGUAACGCGGUACACUCCAGGAUUGUUACACUGGUGGUUGACGCAGAAUUUAUUCCCUUCGGCCACUGUUCUUGAUAAAAACCCUGCAUUUUUUUGCGACAGAGACUUGGAUGUCCUGAAGAAUACCCCAGGAUAUCAAUUGUUCACUCAGGAUGGAUUGAGGAAUCGAAGCGUGUUUGACUCCCUUCGCCAGGACUUUAUAGUGGCGUUUAGCAAGUGGGAUUUCGAUCCCCUAGAGCUGAGCAAUCCACACCCUCAGAGCGAGUGCUCGGUUCAUCUCUGGCAAGGCUACAUGGACAAGGUUGUGCCUGUAGAAUUACAAAGAUAUAUGUGGAAAAGGCUGCCAUGGAUUCAGUACCAUGAAGUUCCACAGGGAGGGCAUAUGCUGGUGUAUGAUAAUGCAGUAUGUGAAGCAAUCUUGAGAUCUCUUUUGCUUGGUGAAGAUUCUCCAUUGUACAUGCCAAACUUGGGCAAUUAACUCAUAUUUAUUCAUUCUUCUUCUUGUCUUCAAAAAUGAUUUCUGGGAAUUGAACUGAUACAAGUGUAGCAGGCAGUGAUUCCAACUGUUUCAAGGGCUCAGAAUGGAAAGAGAAGAGCUUUUGAACAUUGGUAACUGAUCCAAUUCUGGCAUUUGAUCCAAAAAUUGAUUCCAGAUGAUCUUAGAUAUUGAUAUGGGUUUCAAAAUUUCAAACUCCAAACCUAUGCUCUAGAAGUAAACCAUUUGUAUGUCAACUUGAUCACAGGACUGUAAUUACUACUUA